AUUCAAUUGAAAUCUUCAAAAUGUUUUCUCAAAUCAUUGUUUUGACGACUGCUCUAACUUAUGCCUCUGCGGCGGCAACUUUGGCUGAGGAUCAGGUGUUCAUCGCAUGCGCCAAAGCCGGCAGCGCUGCCCUGAAUGGCCUCACAUCCCAACAGUUGUUUGAUUUGACGCAACAAAAUCUGGUGACCGCCUCGGCUAUGGUCCAGAAGCGGGCCGACGCCGCCCAACAACAGGGACUCGUCUGCUACGCAAACUUCAACAACAACUACGGCCCGGGAGUCCUCAACAUCAUGGGCCCCACCGGUGAGCCACAGGUGCUGAGCACCGCCACCAGCGACGACCAGAAGGCCGAGGCCACCAAAGAGAUCGCACAAAUGACUCAAUUGAUUAUCUGCGACGAGCAAUACCGCGCCAAACACAUCAACGACACCAUUAGCUGCAACUUCUUGGAGCAACACGGAGGUGCCCUGGCUGAGUUCGAUGUCAAGUUGCCCAUUUUGAACACCGUGAUGGGUGCCGGCGGUACUCUCCUCAAGGGUGUCACUCCCCCGAUGGCAUCAGUUGUGAGCCAGAUUGGGGCUCUCUAUCAACAACUCUACGCCACUGGUAAGCAGUGCUCCGAAAACCUGGAUCUCUCGACACCCCAGGGAUGCGCUAAUCUCAAGAUGUUUGACAACGAGUUGGACAGAUUGGGAGAGUUGGGUGCCCUGGCUGUGGCCUCCAAUUUGCCCAUUCCCAUUUAAACAACGUUUUGUAAUUUCUAUUAAUGUAUAAUUUGUUGAAUUCAAAAUUCCCGU